CGAGCGGUCGUGCCGAGAGUGGCUCUGUGGUGUUAUUGUGUAUUUUACAAGUGGCGAACGAGGAAAAUAUCGCACCAAAAUGGCACAAGUAACAUCAACAAUUCCAAGUUUAGACCAUUUCGACUGUGGCGGCGACCCGGUUUCCGUCGGUGUAAGAUGGGAGAAAUGGAAACGGGCGCUUGAGAUAUACUUUCUGGCCGCUAAUAUUGAUGAUGACGUGGUCAAGCGGGCCACCUUAUUACAUCUUGGUGGCCUUGCUCUGCAAGAAGUCUAUUACAAUUUGCCGGGUGCUCAUGCCGAAGAAGUUGAUGACGUGGAUGUCUACAAUGUGGCUAUGGAAAAAUUAGAUGCUUAUUUUUCUCCUAAGCAGAGUAGAUAUUAUGAACGCUACAUGUUUAGACUUAUGAAACAGGAUGAAGGCGAAAGGUUUGAAGCGUUUCUUGUGAGACUUCGUCAACAGUCUGACAAAUGUAAAUUUAUGGCAAAGGACGAACAUUUAAUCGACCAAAUCAUUGAGAAAGGAAAUAGCUCUGAAUUACGGAAAAAGAUUUUGUCGGCCGGCGAUAGUGUCACUUUACACCAAGUGAUCACUAUAGCUACCACACUGGAGACUGUCAAUAGGCAACUAGACAGUUUUGGGAAAACCGGAUCAUUUAAGGCUGACAUGGAUAAAUCGGACAUCAAUAAAAUUGACACUAAGAAAUUACCAGCUAGAGGUACCUCGAAGACUUGUUACCGAUGCGGUAACAAUAAACAUUUGUCUUUUGCACCGGAAUGCCCUGCUAGGGACAAAAAAUGUUUAAAAUGUGGUAUUGUCGGACAUUUUAAAGAUUACUGCAAAACUAGAAAAUUAAAGCGGAAAUUUGAACACAAAAAAAAUGAAAAAUUUGAUAAAGCAAAAAGGCAAAAGUUUGACCACUCACAAAAGGAAACUGAAGAAGUGGACUACGUAUUCCAUCUGGAUAAUGAUGAAGUUAUCAACUGUCAGGUCGGUGGUGUCACUAUUGAGAUGUUGAUAGACUCUGGAUGUAGGUGCAAUAUCAUUACUGAUGAAACGUGGGAAUAUUUAAAGAGCCAUAACGUGAACACCUCAAAUCAAAUCGCAAAUCCUGACAAGACAUUAGUGCCCUAUGGCAGUAAAACGCCACUGGAUGUAAUGGGGAGAUUCGAAACACAGAUAUACAUUCGUGAUGGACUUGAAACAACGGCUACCAUAUAUGUCAUUCGAAACGGGUCGCGUAACCUCUUGGGAAGGAUAACGGCAAAACAACUCGGUGUUCUUCAGACUGGCAUACCGGUUAACAACAUCAGUACAUUUUCCAAAUUCAAAGGUGUUAAAAUUCAAAUCCCAAUCGAUGAUAAGGUAAAACCGGUUAUCCAACCGUAUAGAAGAAUACCGAUACCUUUGGAAGAAAAAGUAAACUUAAAACUGACCGAACUCCAAGAAGCUGAUAUUAUAGAAGAGGUCAACGGUCCUUCGCAAUGGGUAUCGCCUAUGGUACCUGUGCUCAAGGAAAAUGGUGACCUUCGAAUUUGUAUCGAUAUGAGGAGGGCUAAUGAAGCUAUUAUAAGGGAGAACCACCCUCUUCCUACGAUGGAUGAAUUGCUGCCUCAUUUCAGACAAGCGAAAUUAUUUUCUCGGCUUGACAUAAAAAACGCUUUUCAUCAACUGGAGAUUGACGAAGACAGCAGGCACAUUACAACCUUCAGCACCAGUAAAGGAUUAUUUAGGUACAAAAGGUUGAUGUUUGGGGUGUCAUGCGCGCCGGAAAUGUUCCAAAAGGUGCUAGAGAAGAUGUUGUUAGGAUGUGAAGGCACUGCAAACUUCAUCGAUGACAUCAUUAUAUACGGAUCUGAUGAAAAAGAACAUGACACACGGCUUAAGAAAGUCCUACAAGUGUUGAAGGACAACGACGUCCUGCUGAACGAAACCAAAUGCAUUUACAAGACAGAUAAAAUUGAGUUCCUUGGCCAUGAACUCACUGCUAAAGGGGUAAAACCCCUGGAUAAAUAUAUCCAAGCCAUCCAGUCGGCGAAGAGACCAACCAAUGUCGAGGAGAUUCAAAGUUUUCUCGGAUUGGUUAAUUAUGUGGGAAAGUGGAUCCCUAAUUUGGCAUCAUUAACGGAGCCCCUUCGUCAGCUUGUACGACUUAAAUUGAGCAAAACGACGGACCUUCGUAAAUAUUGGACUAGCUCCCAAGAACAAGCGUUUGAUACAUUAAAAGCGAGGUUGUCAAAUAUACAAACGCUGGGCUACUAUAAUCCAGCUGACAGAACGCAAAUAGUAGCUGAUGCAUCUCCAGUGGGCCUUGGGGCCGUACUGAUACAAAUAGGCCAAGAUGGUCCCUGUGUCAUAGCGUUCGGUAACAAGAGCCUAACCGACUGUGAGAAAAGGUAUUGCCAGACCGAGAAAGAGGCCUUAGCCCUCGUCUGGGCAGUCGAACAUUUUAAAACAUAUUUGUUCGGCAAAGAGUUUGAGAUUAUAAGCGACCACAAGCCCUUGGAAACCAUAUUUGGUCCCAGAUCUAAACCAUGCGCACGUAUAGAGCGCUGGGUUCUCCGGUUGCAGGCGUACAAGUACAAGGUGAUUUACCGGCCAGGCAAGGACAAUAUUGCCGACCCCAUUUCUCGGCUUUGCCAAUCAAUCAGUCCCAAACCGUUUGACAAUGAAAAUUAUAUUAAUGCUAUCGUACAAUACAGCAGGCCGACAGCAGUACCACUUAAAGAAAUUGAAGCCGUCUGUGCCACAGAUGAAGAAAUAAUGGCGCUUAAAAGUGGAAUCUAUGAAAACAAAUGGCAUGAAUCGGUCAGCGCUUAUAAAGUUUUCCAAGCUGAGAUCUGUUUCCAAGGAAAUAUUCCUCUGAGAGGGAACAAAUUGAUUAUCCCCAAAGAACUUCGAGGCAGAGUACUGGAAGCUGCACAUCAAGGUCAUCCAGGCAUUGUAGCCAUGAAGACUCGUCUCAGAACCAAAGUGUGGUGGCCAAAGAUAGAUCGAGACGCUGAAAACAGAGUUAAGGCCUGUAAAUGA